AUGGAAUAAAGUAUUUUAGGUUCAUUUUAUUCAUGGGGAGGAUAUUCUAUUUAUUUAUCAAGUUAUUUAAAAUCAAAUGAUCAUAAUAUAUAAAGUGAUUUAGUAUCAUUAAUAUUUCCGUUCAUGAAUAUUGUUAUGAAUGCACUUAUUCCUUUUGGAGAACGAAUAAUAGCAAAAGCAGGAUUAAAAAACGUAGUUUUUGUUGGAAUAGCAUUUUUAAGCACAUUUUUUUAAUUGCUAUCAAUAAUAAAGAAUUUUUAUUUAAUUGCAUUUAUUUAUAUUUUUUGUAUUGCACCAAUUUACGGAAUCUUAUACAUGGUUCCCUUUUUAUGUUCUUGGAGAUAUUUCCCAACUAAACCUGGAGAGGUAAAUGCAAUAUUAUAAGCCGGAUAUGGUUUUGGUUCAGCAAUUUUUUCUUACUUUUCUUAUAUUAUUGUAAAUUAUCAAAACGAUUAACCAAAAAGAAACGAAUAUGAAAACGGUGAAAAUAGUGUUUAUUUUGAAGAAUGUAUUUCUUAUAAUACUCCUAGUAUGAUGACUUUUUUUGCAGUUUCUUUUGUAAUUUUGGGAACUUUUUCUCUUAUAUUUUUAAAAAAUAAUAAUGCUGGAUUAUUAUAAUCAUACCAUUAUUAUUAAGUUGUAAAAUAAAAAAAUUAAAAUAA